UGACAGAUUGGUGUCAUACAUGGGAAGCAACGACGACAUGACGGGAUGGAAAGCGCGAAUUGUAUAUAACAAGUCAAUUCCAGAUAUCCAAACUCGGUUUCUCCCACCUCUCUUAUCUCGUACCUCACAACCUCAAACAACAAAGGCAUCUAUCCUUAUCCAGCCUACUUCAAGUCACUGUACAAGAAGUCUAGUGAUAACUCCAAGGAAAUAACAUUACCAAAUAUGCCACUCUUCGGAUCCCGCCGCGAGCCUUCGCCUCCUCCCGCCCCAGUUCCAACCCAAAAAUCAGGGCUCUUCUCUCGUCGUCGCUCCUCCUCUCCCCACGCAGCUACUACAACCACGCACCACCACCGCCACAGCAGCUCAGCCUCGCGCUCCGGCACAUCAACAAACAACACCAUUUCCUCUGGCUUCUUCAGUCGGUCAUCUAACGGGGACCCCAGCAUCGUCAAUGCAAAGCAGAGUCUAGCGAAUGCCGAGGCGGCAGAGCGAGAGGCGGAUAGGGCGUUGGCGGUUGCGAGGAGUGCGGUUAGGGAGGCGCGCGAGCAUGUUACUAGGUUGGAAAGGGAGGCUACUGAGGAAGAGUGGAGGACUGACGAGUUAUACAGGGCGCGACUAGCUAAGAUCAAAAAGGCUGAGGCGAAGACGCUCGGUAAGAUGGGCAAGAAGUUGGGCAGGCACGAUCAUGUUUGA